CUCGGUGACGUCAUAUACUGGUGCUCAGCAGUGAAGCAGCGUGCACCGUGGCAGAGCAGCAAGACAGAGGCCUCGUGCUCCUAAUGCAAGACUUCUGCAAGGACUGAUAAAAGAUGGUGUUCAAGUAUUUACAACCAUCUUGGUUGACCUGUGGAUGUGGCUUUAUGGUAGGCUUCUUCACUACUUUCUACUUUGUCAGCAAUUUCACGGAUAUCGGAGAACCGAAAUUACAUUUAAUGCCAUGGAAACUCAAAGAUGCAGACAUAUUUAAAUUAUCAGUAAAUAGCAGCGUGAGCGAGGAGCUUUCACAAAAAGUCAGAGUGCUUUGUUGGAUAAUGACGGGACCAGUUAACCUACAGACCAAAGCUAUUCACCUAAAAUACUCCUGGACUCGACACUGCAAUACAACUUUGUUCAUGAGUUCCACUGACAGUGACUUCCCAACUAUUGGUCUGGGUACAAAAGAGGGGAGGGAUGAACUUUAUUGGAAGACUAUCCGAGCCUUUCAUUACAUACACGAACACUACUUUGACCAAGCUGAUUGGUUCUUGAAGGCAGAUGAUGACACAUACGUGGUGAUGGAAAAUUUACGUUUCCUGCUCUCCAAUUAUACCCCUGACCAACCUGUAUACUUUGGCAAGCGUUUCAAACCUUUUGUCAACCAAGGCUACAUGAGUGGAGGAGCUGGUUAUGUACUUAACAGGGAAUCUUUAAAACGUUUUGUGGAAGGAUUUCGUAGUGGUGUCUGCACUCACACAAGUUCUGUGGAAGACCUUGAGUUGGGAAAAUGUAUGGAAAAGAUGGGAGUUACACCUGGAGACUCCAGGGAUAUGGCAAAAAGAGAGACAUUUCAUCCAUUUACACCAGAUUUUCACAUAAAUGGUCGUUUUGAACCAAAGACCUCCUACAGGGAGUAUUGCUUCUAUCCUCUAAUAGAGGGUCCUCAGUGCUGCUCAGACUUGGCCAUAUCCUUUCAUUAUGUGGAUGCGGAGCUUAUGCACACGCUGGAAUAUUUUACCUACCACCUGAGGCCUUAUGGAUAUCAGUAUCGUUACCAACCUCCACUGCCAGAGAAUGCAGCUCGACUCGUGCUACAAAAUAAAGAAGAAAAUGUGACCUCACCUUCAGUCUCUGCUAAUCUCCAAACUGGACAUUAAGUGUUUUUUCCAACAAUAUGUAUAGAGAAGUUUUCUUGUCACUUCUUACUACCUAUUACUAGAUUAAAUUAUUACUGGUAGUCUUUAUUGAAGACACACUAGUGACUUGCUUGGUUUUCUCCCGAUGUCAAUUCUACCACCUAACAAUUGUGAAUGAAUGUUUAAAGAAUCUACCUCCUUUCCAACAUAUCGAGGGGUUUGGGUAACUUAGUAUCAAUAAUCUUUUUUAUUUUAGGUAGCUUAUUACCUUUAUAGCUGUCCAUCAGUUACAAAA